UAUAAUUGUUAGUUUAACCACACAUUGCACUUAUUCCGUGUAACCUUGGCUCCCACAAGCACACCUGAAAGACUCUCACUCUCUAAGCUCUUUCUCAUGUUCGGAGUUACGGCAAGACUUGAUGACCAACUCGGCACCACAACCACACCAAGCACCAUAUACAUGGACCCACCUUCCCUAGACCAGCCGUGCCACAACUCAGACCACCGUUCAAUAGAAACACUAGUCGUUAUCUUAGCUGUCAUCACCAUUUUAUCCGUCUUAGCCGGCAUCUUCGCUCGGCUUUGCGGUGGACGCCAUUUAUCUGACAGCCGAGACCACGACAUCGAAGGUUGGGUGGAGAGGACGUGCCGUAGCUGCAUCGAUGCUGGAGUCCCCACCGUCGCUGCCGCUCCUCUUCCACCGCCUCCAGCGACCACAGAAAUAGUGGAAGAGCAAAGCAAGCCAACAGCCGCUGGAGAUCAAAGCAAGAAGUGAAAAAAGUGAAGUAAAAAAGGGGUGAACCUAAAUUCUUCGGUUCAGCUCUUAAUUAACCUUAUCAUGUAA